GCCUCUUCCCUUUCUCCCAAGAUACUCCAACAUACUCAUACUAUGUCCAAGACCUGUGCCAGACCUCCAUCAAUGGGGAAGAAAGAUAUUUCCAAGAAACCACCACCGGCGUCUCUGCCGGGCAGCCCGUCGCUGCCACGGGCGACAACAUCAGCUGUCAGCGCCGAUCCAACGCUUGGGUACAAGCUGCGCGUCCUCAUCCAUGAUUUUCGCCAAGUCGCUAGCAACCACACCUCCCAGCACCGGAUCUCCAACACCACAGAUCCUCUCUACAUCAGCGGCCCAUACUUCACGCCCAAAGAAGCUGCCGCUGUCAAGGGUGCCAUCGUCGACACCGUGACAAGAGUAGCCGACAAGGAUGGCAUCAACCUCGUCAAAUUCAAUCCCGGACAGACGGCGGAGAGCGCGAUCCAGAGCGCGAUGGCCAACUUCUUCGACAAGAGGCGGGCAAGCGGCGAUGCGCGCCCGUGCGGGCCGCACGACAUGGCACCCAUCUACGAGGCGAUAUUCGGGAUCGAGGGAGGGGAGACGGAUGAAGAACGGUUUCUGGGCCGUUUGAGACGGUCGGGAUUGGGAAAUGGGGAGACGGAGGGGAGAAUCCCUACCGAGGCACCAAAUGGAGGUGGAGGGGGGGAGAAGUCGAGCACGAGGAGCAGCAACGGGAAACAGAAGCAGAAGCAGAAGAAGAAGCAGAAGAACUAAAACAGC